AUGAGUCUUCCACCUCCGCACGGCUAUGCCGACCAGUAUGCCCACCACGCGCCACCGCCACAACAGCAGCAGCAGCAGCAGCAACAGCAACAGGACCAACCCUCGCACUCAUCUGCUACCGCUAGCCACGAUUCAGCUAAAUCCUCCCCGGAGCAGGACGCAGCCACUCGAAAAGCUUUGGAACCUAUCAUUGGCAGCGAAGGAAGCCGGUCGUACAGACUCGACGUGGUGCAACAGCCGAAACGCGCGCGCAUGUGUGGAUUCGGUGACAAAGACCGUCGACCUAUCACCCCGCCACCAUGCGUUCGCAUUGUGGUGACAGAUCUGGCCACUGGCAAGGAAGUGGAUUGCAACGACAUUGAGCACACCAUGUUCGUCCUGAACGUGGACCUCUGGUCGGAAGAUGCACUGAAGGAGGUCAACCUCGUGCGCCAUACCACUACGACGCCCUCUAUCUCGUCCACCACCCCGGCCUCCUACGAGCAGGUCGAGAAUGCUUCGUCAUACUCGGCCAUAUUACCCUCCAAUCCCCGGGAUCAGGGCUACGGGUCCGGCAUGUAUGGCCAUCCGGGCGCAAACGCAUACGGGUCCCAGCCGCAUUAUUCUCAGGUCUCUGCCUACAUGCAGCACAACGGUUACGGCCAACCCAGCCAGUACUACCACGGCGCAGAGUACGGCGGCAUGCAGAUCUCGUCGCAGCCUCAAGGCUACGGACCACCGCGCAUCUUUGGCGGCCCCGGAGACAUGAUGACCCAGCGCCUGAUCCAGGGCAACCAGCCGCAAGGCAUGUUCACCCGAAACCUGAUUGGCAGCUUGGCUGCGAGCGCCUUCCGCCUGCAGGACCCCAACGAUAAGAUUGGCAUUUGGUUUGUCCUCCAGGACCUUAGUGUGCGGACCGAGGGCAACUUCCGCCUGCGAUUCUCGUUUGUGAAUGUUGGCGCCCCGCCCACAGACCCCAACGGAACCUCAUCCGGCCAGAUGUCGAUCGUCAACACAGGCAAGGCACCCGUGCUUGCCUCCUGUUUCAGCGAUGUGUUCACCGUCUAUUCGGCCAAGAAAUUUCCGGGCGUGUGCGAGAGUACCGUUCUCAGCAAGACGUUUGCAACGCAAGGCAUCAAGAUUCCCAUUAGGAAAGAGGGAGCUGGCAAGAAUGGCCGUGGUGAAGAAGAUGACGAUUACGAGUGA